AAGCCCCACAGUUAACCUAGACGACCUUGUCUCCCUGUCUGUCUACUUACCAUGGAAAAGACAGCUGCCAAUACCAUCUCAUUCGUUGGCAUUCUCUCAAUUCUUGUAAUACUCAACUGGGUCCUCCUAGGACUCAAAGAAUUGUACUCAAGUUUUCGGAUUGUACUCCAAACUUUCAUAGACUUGCUUCGCCAUGCAUGUAGGGCGGUUUAUGCAGAAGCUCAAAUUCAGAGUCUUGGCAGUGAUGAAAAUUUGAAGGAUGAGAAGCCAUCCAGAGAAGAGGAAAUGAUGCUGGCAACUGAGAAAGUUGAGGAGAAAAAGCUGUCUAUUGGAGAAGUGAAAAUGAUGAUGGAGAAAAUGGUAAAAAAUCAUGAAGAAAUGCUGGUUUCAGAUGAGAUUGCAGGCCUCUUCGAGGAGGUGGAACCAAGCCCUGAGGAAGUGAAACAAGCGUUUGAUAUGUUUGAUGAGAACAAUGACGGAUUCAUUGAUGCAUGGGAGUUGGGGAAAGUUCUCUACACACUGGGGCUUGUGGAGCCUUUGGAAGCAGAAUGCCAGAGCAUGAUCAGAGUCUUUGACGACAAUGGAGAUGGGCGGAUAGAUUUCAAUGAAUUUGUGAAACUUGUGGAGCACAGCUUCAACUAGCUCGAGAAGAGGCGGGAAUUCUAAUCUUUCAUAUUUGAAGCGGAAAUCUAAAAUGCAGGAAAUGAGAGUGAAAUAAGUGUGACACAUCACACAACCAACAAGCUUUUGGAACAGAAACAACCACAGCAUAUCUUGAUAUAUCUGGAUAAGAAGCAUGUUUCAUUUUUGUUUUUAAUUAGCUUUAUUUAUCCAAUGGAGCAAUUCGUCAAAGAACUUGUAAACACCAUUAGAUUCGUAGCAAAAACUCUCUCUCUCUCUCUCUCUCUCUCUCUCUCUCUCUCUCUCUCUCUCUCAAACCAAAUGUUUCCAAAGAGAUCAUGAGCAAUAUUUCGGAAACCCUUGUAAUGAUCAAUUUCUAUUUUUUUUUUUUUUUUUUUGGUGCCGUCUCGAAAAAGAGAACUUCGAACUCAAAGCCAUUGUUCAUUUAAGAAAAA